GAUGUCAUGUGGCCUGUGUUUUGGACCGUGGUGCGUACCUAUGCUCCCUAUGUCACAUUUCCUGUGGCCUUUGUGGUCGGGGCUGUGGGCUACCACCUGGAAUGGUUCAUCCGGGGAAAAGAUCCCCAGCCUGUGGAGGAGGAGAACAGCAUCUCAGAGCGUCGGGAAGAUCGAAAGUUGGAUGAGCUGCUAGGCAAGGACCACACCCAGGUGGUAAGCCUUAAGGACAAGCUGGAAUUUGCCCCUAAAGCUGUCCUGAACAGAAACCGCCCGGAGAAGAAUUAAUAGAGGACACAGGGCCGUAUGGGUCCUUCCAUAGGCUGUGACUAGUCCUGCC